AUGGAAAAGUUUGAGUUGGAGUACUGGCCAGUGGCUAUGGUGGAGACCAAAGAUGGAAGCACAGAUGGGAUCUAUUCCAAAAUUAAAGACACAUUUAGUGGUAUGAACAUUCCUAUCAGUAACAUUAUCGGGUAUUCUUCUGAUACCACAAAUGUGAUGUUUGGGGAGAACCACCCGGUCUCUCAAUUGCUGAAGUCGGUUAUGUACAAGUUGUUAAAUGUUUGUGUCAUCUUAUUCACUUGGUGACAUCAAAAGCUGCUUUAAUAUUACCUAAAAGUGUUGAGGACCUUUGCAGGGAUGUAUACGCCCAUUUCCACAGAUCUUCAAAAAGGCAGGACACUUUUAAAGAAUUCCAAGCCUUUUUUUAUAUGGAGCCACAUAAGAUGCUGUCGCCAGUGCAAACCCGAUGGCUUUCUUUACAAGCAUGUGUUGCUCGUUAGCUGGAGCAAUAUGAAGCGAUGAAGCACUACUUCAUUCUCAUAACCAAUGACGAUCCCAGCAACACUAAUGACCAAAUUCUAACUUCACUACAUAAUCAAUUCACUCAAGCAUACUUAGAAUUCCUCAGCUUUCAACUGGAAUGAUUGAAUGGAUUUAAUCGAUUAUUCCAAACUGAACUUCCUCUCCUUCAUCACCUUAAACGUGAAGUUGAGCAACUUGUCAAAGGAAUUGCUAGUGAUUUCAUGGAUAUACCUGUUGUUAAAGAAAUGCAAGCAAAGGAUAUCGAUCCUACAGAUCAUCAACUCCAUAUUCCUUUACACAGGGUUUGAAAUAGCCGCCGGCUUCCGGCAAUAGCUGGCUGUUUUAGGACCUUGUGGACGAUUUUUAAUUUCAAAGUAUAGGGAAUCGGCGAAAAUAUUAUAUUUAUUCACCGAUGACUCGCUUACAAUAACACAUACAACUACACAGAACUUGACAAUGUUAAUGUUCGUUCCUACACCAAGUAAAAUGUAUUACUGUGUUCUUACAAAUGUUGUGUUGGUUUACAUCACUAUUAUUUGGCCUAUGGGCAUGGCUAUGCCCACUCCAGAACAUAACUAAACUUCGCUUGGAAAAUAGCCGGCAAAAAUUUUCACCUACAAAAAACAGCCUACAAAAUUUGACAUAUUUUCAGAUCGUUAUUUCGAACCCUGUUUACAUGAAAUUUACCUUGGACUGGGCGCUUCAGCUACUUUUCAGGAAAUUGAGCAAGGUACAAACAGAGAGGAUGUUGAAAUAUUUUUAACCAAUUACAAGAACUUCAUGAUUGAAAGCAUUGUUCAAAUCCAAAAACGUUUUGACUUAGAUGCAGAAUAUCAUCAAAUUGUUGAGUGUCUCUCCCCACACAAUGCUGCUGCAAUUAUGCCAAGAUCCUUGUGGCGAAUUUCCCAAAAAUUGCCUUAUCUUGGUGAUUUUCUUGAUGUAAAGAAACUAGAUGUGGAGUGGAGGCAGCAAGCUUUUGAAGAAAAUGCAAGUCCUGAUCUUCAGUGGGAUGAUUAUUGGAAGAUGGUGCGAGACUCUCAGACAGCAUCUGGAGAAGCGAAAUACCCCAACCUUAUGGGGAUAUUGGCCUCACUACCUUUUUCAAAUUGUGCAGUGGAGCAUGUCUUUAGCCAGCUUAAGCUGGUUAAAACUGAUCACAGAAGCAGAUUGAAGUCCACAUCACUGAUUUCUCUGCUUCGGAGUAAGAUGGCCAUGAAGAAUGGGCACUACUGUGCUGCCAGUCUCAAACCAAGCAAGAGAAUUUUGGAACUUGCUUCUGCAAUGAAAUUAAAUGCAACUGAUGAAGAGGUGGUUGCAAUAAGGAAGGACUUUUUAAGCAAGCUGCAUGUUUAAACUGUAUUUUGAAAUAACUUUUCUAUACAUACAGAUAUGACAUAUCUAAGUAUAACCAUGUAAAUAAGAGCAAGUUUAUGCUCUUUUAAUGUUCAUAAUAUAUUGUUUGAUUGAUUUUAUGUUUGCAAAAUUUGAAGGAACUUUUAUCAUUUUUUGAAAGGAAGUUUUGAUUAAAAGAAGGAAAUUAAAACUUUUCGAAGGAAAUAUUGUUUUCUUAAAGUGGAAGGACUGAAUGUAUCGGCAAACUGGAAAAAAAUUCAAGCAGAGGUAUCUCAAUUAUGAAAUAGCAACUGGCAUCAGCGGAAAAGAGGGUGCAACUCGAGUCGCAACAUUGCUAACUGUCAUAGGAAACGAAGCAUUGGAUGUGUAUGACACGUUCAUGUGGGCUACAGUUUGGAGAUGAUAAGAAGAUUGCUAAAGUUCUAGAAAAAUUCGAUGAACAUUGUGAGCCAAGAAAAAACGUAACCUAUGAAAGACACAUUUUUUACCAGAGCACAAGAAACCAGUGA